CCAUUUUUUAAUUCAAUUCGAAAUGUUUGAAGAACGACUGCUGCGACCACAACGCACCCAAAACCACUGUAAACAAAACAGCGUGUCCUAACAUAACCCGGUUUGUCGUUAUAGUAGGUACAGAUAGACACACCUUACCAUGGCUAAGGUGAUCACCCAGGCGACGUUUGACGAUGUGGUCAAAGAAAAUAUGGUGGAGUUUGAGAUGAGCGCAGAGGAGGCGGUCAAUGACGCAGUGGAACAGUUCCAGUCACAGGGAGUGAAUCUUUUGAACAUUAUCCAAGAUCCAUCCUUAUAUGGCUCUGAUGGAGAGAAGAAAGAGCUCCCUGUGAUCUCUGCAUUGAACUCUCUCAAAUCCUCCCUGUCAGCGAAUAAAGAGGAGGACAUUCUACAGGUAUUAGCCCAGCUGAAGCUGGAAUGUGACAAAGAUCUAGCUGUCAGGUGUACCGCCGGCAAUAAUGAUGCUUAUAAUACUCUCCUCCAAGCUGUGGAAAAGUACAAAGACAACCUAUCUCUUCUGAAACAAACUUUGUUAUCCAUGAUUUCACUGACAAAUGGACAACCUGAUUUGUUAGAUAACAAAGGGAAGGAACUCUUUCUAGAAUUGCUGGAACUUCAUUCAUCAAAUCCUGAAGUUUUAGAACUUGCCCUUCUGUUCAUGAGGAACACAUGCAUUAAACAUGAAGCAAACAGACAAUCCUUUGUUAAAUUAGGUUUGAUAGAAAAAUUAGCCUCCAUUUUGAAAACACACAGAAGUCAAGCUAACAUUGUCAUGGUAACGUGCCAGACCCUGCAGGUGUUGACAUUUGAUGAUGACAUCCGAGUCCUGUUCGGUCAGGCUCAUGAGCAUGCUAAGAUGAUUGUGACAGAAGGGAAUGCACUCAAACUCAUCAUCGAUCUCUGUAAAGAUUUCAAGGAGAAGCCAGAGGUGAUGAGCGAGCUGUUUGCGACGAUCAGUAAACUGGUGGUCCGUAAUGAGUUUUGUCAGGCCGUGAUGGAAAUGGGAGGGAUCCACCUCAUUCUGUCCGCAUUUCAGGACAGCAUCGCCAAAAAGGAUAUUGCCAAACAAGCCCUGAGUGUCACCAAAGCUCUGGCUGGGAAUGACAAUGUCAAGGAGGCGGUGGUCCAAAAUGGGGGGGUCCAGGUCAUCCUGGCUGCCAUGACCAAGCACCAGGCCAACCCCCGAAUUGCCGAGCUCGGGGCGGCAACUCUCGGUGCGAUCGUGCUCAGAAACGAGAGCAAUUGUAAGAGGGUGAUGGAGUUAAAUGCACACCAUGUCCUCCUGCAAGCCAUGAAAAUCCACAGUCAAGAUGUUAAUGUACAGAGACAGUGUUGUAUGGCUAUCAGGAAUCUCGUCGCAAGGACCCGUGAGUAUUGCAACUUGUUCCUUGAGCUCGGAGCGGAGAGCUUGAUUCAGGAUGCACAGAGAAACCACAAGUCAUGUCAAGACGAAACCAAGGCGGCGCUGAGAGACCUAGGCUGUGAGGUUCAUUUAGAGGAGAGAUGGAAAGGCGAGAAUAAGGGACUUGCCCAGUGAACAAAUAACCAUUCAGUGUUUUAUCUGACUCAUAAUGUGUUGCUACAUGUACAAUGAUCUUUUCUACUGUGAUCUUAUAAUGUUGAUUUCAUGUAAUAAAUUAUUGUAGAUCGUUUUUUUCAUUUUAUUAAAGAAUUUUUUACUUCU